GCACUGUCAAUUUUUGUUUCUAGAAUUUGUACAAAGCUUUCAAAAUAAUUUAUUGAUAUAUCUUUAAAACCAUGUGUUUAUUAUUUUACAUUUUGUACCGAUUAUUAUUCAGUUGCAUGAAAUAUUAUUGAUUGUUUAAAUUAAUUGUUUAAGCAAGAUGGGAGCGAUAACAAGCUAUUUUUUUGGUGACAGCACCGAUGCUAGCAGCAAGAUGUCGAAUCAAGGGCCGAAGUUUGUGAUUAAGUCUACCCCUGCUAAUGCGGCUAGUUACGACUUUGUGGCGGCCAGACCGCCCGGGAAGAGGACUAAUAUUUUAGAGUCUGUGGGACAUUUAGUGAAGAGUUGCCUUGGCGGUGGCGUGGUGGCCAUACACGAGUCAUACAAAUCAUGCGGCCUCUGGACCUCGAUGGUGCUCACCAUUAUAAUAGGAUUCUUGAUCAGUUAUUGUAUGUAUAUGAUAGCAAAGUCUGCCCACAAGCUAUACGGUCGACUGCAUGUCUCCCAGAUGUCUUACCCUGACGUCGCCGAGGCUGCAAUCGCUGUUUGUCCUUUCCCCAGGAUACGGCGAUACAGCAAAAGCUUGAGAUAUGCCGUGGAUUUCACAAUCUGCGUGGAUCUGUUCGGUUCCUGCUGCGUAUACCAGGUGGUGAUUUGCAGAACGAUAAAACAGUUGGUCGAGGGCACAGAUACGGUAACCCUCGAGGGAGACCCACCUUUAAGAGCAUAUGUAUUAAUGCUGCUUCUUCCGUGCAUACUGAUUUGUAUGAUCACCUCACUGAAAUAUCUAGCACCAUUUUCAAUCCUCGCUGAUAUAUUUCUACUUAUUCUGGCCGGAGCUACAAUUUACUAUGGUUGUAAAUUUUCUAAAGUGAGUAUAUUUGAAAUGCCGAUUUUUAAAGACUUGCCCGGCUUGCUGGAGUUCCUGGGGGUGUGUGUGUUUAGUAUGGAAGGGGUGGGGGUGACUAUGGCCAUAGAGAAUAACAUGAAGGAACCCAAGAAGAUUGGAAGAGUGCUUUUUUUCGGUAUGAGUGUUGUAGUGGGAAUUGUAUUCGUGAUCGGGACUUUUGGAUAUUGGGGUUUUGGUGAACAUUCCAAGUCUCCUGUUACACUUAACUUUCCAUUCACAGCGUUCUCGAUUGCUCUCAAAGUGUUUAUGGCUAUAAUUAUAUAUGUGACAUUUGCCCUCAACUUUUGGGUACCGUUCGAUUUAGUCUGGUUCUACAUUAAGGAGAAAUAUCCCCCAGUAAAGUACUGGUUCUGGGAGAGAGUGUACAGAGCAUUGUUUGUUGUAUUUAUCACGGUGAUUGCGUUUAUCUUCCCCAAUGUGUCAUCUUUUAUUGGAUUGCUCGGUUCGUUCUGCUUAUCGAAUAUGGGCUUUAUUUACCCGGCUCUUAUUGAACUAUGUUUAGAUUGGGAAUAUCCAGGUCUGGGCUUUAUGAAAUGGCGAUUACUCAAAUGGCUUUUGAUAUGUAUUUUUGGCACAUUUCUCGGCGUCUUUGGUACAUACAUGAAUGCUAAAGAAUUAAUACGUCAAUCUUUUUAAUGACUUUACUAAAUAUUGGUGUAUUAUUUAUGUAAUAAAAUCCAAACAUGGAUAGUUUAUAUCCAUUUUUAACAGAAUUCCCAAAAGGAGUUUUUUAUCUGUGUUACAUGGUUUUAUUCUUUUUUAUACGAAAGAUAGUGCUUGUUCUAUUUCAUUUUUUGAUACUGUCAGUUUAAUAUUCAUGAGGCGAUGCCACACAAGCGUUUGCGUCAGCGUAGCUACAACGGAGCGGUUACUAGCUCGUUUUAUACAAAUGAACAGGACAGACAGACAAAAAAAAAA